AUGAACCAAGAAGAAUUAGAAAAAUGUAUUGAUGCCGCCCAAAACAGUCAACAAUAUGCUCAUUGUCCAUAUUCUCAUUUCAGAAUUGGUGCAGCUCUUUUAACAAGUUGCGGUAAAAUUUUCACUGGUGUCAAUGUUGAAAACUCAUCAUAUGGUUUAACAAUCUGUGCUGAAAGAACUGCCUACACUAAAGCAGUAAGUGAGGGUUAUAAAAGUUUUAAAGGAAUUGUUGUAGCUAGUGACUUAAAGGAUAGAUUUAUUACUCCAUGUGGUGCUUGCAGACAAUUUGGUGUUGAAUUUGGAGACUUUGAAGUUGUGUGUGUCAAACCAGACAGAAGCACUUUCAAAAGUUCAACUCAUAAACUUCUUCCAGGAUUAUUCUCUCAAGAAGAUUUAAUCGCUAAAGCUGAACAAGAUGAAAGAGAAUGUAAGGCUCAAAAUUAA